AAAAGACACUGUACAGUCCCCGAGACAGACAGUGAGGGAGCGUGAGAGAACAUUUAUAUUUUUAUUUUCUGAGCAGGAGUUUGUGAGUCUGGACUGAGAAUGAAGAUCCUCCUCAUCUUCACCUUCUGCCUGAUGAUCGCUGAUGAUACUGAUGCUGUAACUACAAUAACUGGAUACAGAGGAAGAUCAGUUCAGAUUCAAUGCCCCUAUCAACCUGGAUAUGAAAAGUACAAAAAGUAUCUCUGCGGAGGUAAAUGUCCCAUUUUGGGGGAUAAAGACAUUCCUGUUGAGUCUGGAUCUCCUGCUAAAGACCCCAGAUUCUCUCUGUAUGACGACACAACAGCCAAAAUCUUCACCGUCACCAUCACUGAUCUGAGACCAGAGGAUGAAGGCACUUACUGGUGUGCAAUAGAGCGGACAGUGGCUGAUAUUUACACAGAGAUUCGACUGCUGGUUAAAACAGCUGAUCCUGCCAUCAGCACUGUCUCCCAGUCCACACACUCCACUUCAACACAUGCCAUGAGUCCAUCAGUCCAUGCUGAGAUCCCACAUUCAACAGCUAAUCCAUUAAAUAACAGUAACUCUCCAGUGAGCGCUCCCUCAGAUCAGGAUUUACCAGUUUCUACCGUCAUCAUUGCUGUGUCUGUGGUUCUUGUGCUUCUCAUUGCCCUUCUAUUCACUGUCAUCCUACAGAAGAAAAAGAAGAUCCAAAGCUCUGAAACAGUGAGACAAUCUCCCAGAGAGACAAACGGAGAUUAUGAAAAUGACCAAAAUGUACUUCCUCUCCAAGCAAGAGAAAGCGCCAAACCUGAAUCUGUCUAUCAGAGUCUCGAUCCAACUACCAGGCAAUCCGACUCAGUCUACCAGGGUCUGACCUUCACUCGUAAGCAAUCAGACUCAGUCUACCAGGAUCUGACCUUCACUCAUAACCAAUAAGAUUCAGUCUGCAAGAGUGCAGUGUGGGAAAUAAGGCCAGAGUGGUGGACAUUGACCGGUAAUUUUUGCAUUUGCCUGUCUGUAUUUCAAAAGCAUCAAACUGGAUGGCCCAUGAAAAAUUGUAAAGAUAUGGAUCUAAUCUACUUCUAAUUUUCUUCCAAAUGAUACACGUGGCGAAUAAAUGAUGCUGUAACACAGCCUGUGAAACGGGCGCUCCCGCACGCCCAAAUUUAAAAAUUCAUAACUUGGCCACCAAUGGCCCUAGCCCUGCCAAAAUUUACAGGCACAUCCCUCUCCUUGAGCCCUUUCAAACCAGCCAGGCAUGGCCCACUCUAACCAUGGCUCGGCCCACUAUUCACCACGGAGCCCCGGAAAAAAUUUAACACAAGCCCUGGCUCAAGCCAGCCUUUAAAAAUUCAUAACCUGGCCACUGAUGGUCCUAGUCACAUCAAACUUUACAGGCACCUCCCACGGGCAGAGUUUGUGGGGGGGCAGGGGGGGCACUGCUCCCUCUGGUGGCUGAAAUAUGUAACGACAUUAAGUCUCAUACAAAAGUAUGCACAGCCUCUGAAAAUUAACCAAUCCUCGUAAUUGGUUUACGGGAAGAUUUUGUUUGGUUAUCCUCGUAAUUGGUUUACGGGAAGAUUUUUGUUUGGUUAUGUGGUUUAGCAUUCUAUACAAACUCUAGACAAUUUGGCCGGAGUUUCUCUAAGCUCCGGUGAGGUGGGAUGAGGGCUGAUAGGGCAUGCCCGCCCUCUGAGCACCAAUACACAUCAAGAAGAGCAAGGAUUAACUCAAGCAUAUAUCUCUUAAGAUUGUUAAAGAAGGCUAGAAUUCUUCUGUGACCUUGUGUCUCACUGUGUAUUGUACUGUUAUGAUAACACAUUGCUCGAGACAUAAUAUUGAUAUCUUUUUGAACAUUCUAUCAGGACGUGACCUGCUCAAGGUCUGACUACAGGCUCAGUUUUGAGUUAUUCUCAUGCAGGCAUUUGCAAUGAUUAAUAUCCCUUGAGAUCACACCUCAGCCCAGUAGAUGACGGUAAUACACAUCAAUUGUUAACCGCCAAUAAAUCGAAAGAAGAAGAAGAAAAUUAACCAUCGCCUUGUUGGGGCAGAGAUGUAGCCUGGGCCCGCCCAUCCUAAGCGUGACGCAACACGAGGGCCUGUUGCGAGCUUAGUCUGGCAAGGCAAGCUAUCUACAGCUCUUCCAAGCUCCCGAAAAAUCGGGAGCCAAUCAACUUUGAGCAUCUCCAACGGCCCUGGGUAGAGGCGUGUUCAAGGCAGUGACGUAGUAGAACUGCGACCGGAAGCCAUAGAUUGUUUACAGAAUCUAUGCCGGAAGCGCUUCAUUCACUAGAAACAUUACGAACAUGGAGCAGCGGCAAGCCUUUGACACAGCGGUAGAUGCUGUAUUGAAAGCAUUCAACGGGAAGUUCUCAUUGAAAACGGAGCAAAGAGCAGCCCUGGAGGUAUUUAUGUUUUUCCUCACUGUAAAAAAUCCAACUCGGAAAUUAGUUGCCUUAACUCAAAUAACUAAUUAACAAAGAAACUUAUAUGUCAUGGAAGUUGCCGUAACUCACAAAUGUGUUUUGCAUGUCUGUUUUAAGUCAAUGUUGAGAAAAAUUGAGCUUGAAAGUCUGGAAAAAUAAAAUAUGUACGUAAAUUGCAGCAACGUCUUUGCCAAGUUGACGCAACUUUUUUGAAAUAUGACUGAGCAUGCUCAGUAGGAGGCAACGUCCAAGAGGUCAGAAGAGCAAUGAAUCCACUGCAGCGCCAUUGCAAUCCACACCUCUUGUAACUUUGUUGUGAAUGGUGAUGCAGUGCAAAUUCUGUACAUUUUCACACCACAGCACAGAGACUCUUCUGAGACACCACAGAAUUCACCACGGUCAUAUGAGAACAACUGAGCAGCACAACAACCUGCUGGCAAAUAUCGACGGCAACAACAUUCUUUAUGGUGUGAAAGAAAAUGAUUCUGUGUGUGAAACUACCAGAAAACAGAGUGAAGAAGUUGCGAUUACCAGAGCUCCCCGACUCUGUGCAACGUUUAAAAGAAAUUCUCCAGGAAGAACUUCGGCUGAAAGAAAGAUUCCGUUUGCAGUAUGAGGAUCCAGAGUUCGGAAACGAACUAUGUGACUAAGAAGAUAUGUCAGAGCUCCCACCAGAGAAGGCAACGUUAAAAGUCAUUGAUGCUUCAAGCCCUGACCCAGAGGGAUCAGAUGUGUCAUUGUCUUCACUGGAUACUGCAUCACCUCCAAGCUCAUCUGAAUCCCCCAGAACAACUGUAAGAGCUGGUAGGCGGUCCUCUGCAUGGCCUUCUCCUUUUCCAAUACCAAGCUUCUCUUAUGAUGUUGAAUUGCGCCUUCAAAAGGCAAAUGGUAUCUACAACGACAAUGGUACUCUGCUCGACGUCACCAGAGACAUCAAGAGUGAAAUCCUUGAUAAAAUUGCACAAGCCGUGUUUGAGUUGACUGCAUAUCCAGACAGGUCAGAAAUAGAUUCUGUAGCAAUGGCUCUGGUCAACAAAUAUCCCUGUCUCCGUGAACCAGGCAGUGGAAAUGGGUGGAAUGGAUGGAGAAUGAGUAUUGCGUUCAAGAUUGGAAAUUACCGUCAAAAGCUGCGGAAUGCCGGCUGUGAAGAAGUUAAAGUAAAUGAAAGGAGGGGAAGCCGUGAAGAAGGUAGGCCCGGCUUAAAAAAAGCAAGGAGAGCUGAAGUUCAUUUCCUCCCUGACCAGCCCGCUGGACAAACUCAAGACGCUAUGGAAAAAGACAGAGAGGCACUGACAGCAGAGAUGGAAAAAAGGAGUCCGAACAUGACGUUUAUUAAUGACGCUAUGGAUCGUACGUUUCCCUUGAGGAGGAAGGAAAUAGUUGACCAGGAACCCGGUGUUGAUCUGGUGAAGCGCAGAUGGCCAGCACUUUUCAUGGAAUACCAGGUGAAUUGUGAAUUUCACAGAAUCACUAUGGUUGACCUGCAAAGAAAAUUCCUUGGUUUCCUGGAAACUCACACCCCUAAAAUCCUGAAGAUGUAUUGAACCAGAAGAACACACUUCGGUGAGGAGAUGCAGAAACUCCUUGACUCGUUGGAUAAGGAGACAUCUGACAUCUCUGGACACAGAAAAGCUGUAGCCCUCAGAGGACUUCCGCUCUUUGUCAGGGAUUAUGGAGCAGAGAAGAUCCUGAAAACAUGCUUGAACACUGAUCCAGAAGAACAGCACACCAAAGGUGUGAGAAUGGCAGUCCUGACUGUGGUCGAGGACGAUGGCGGGGCUACAGCUUCACCUCACGUGGAGGACUUCGCAAUAGUGCUUGAAGAAUGUGUGGUAAUCCACAAUAUUAAGAAUUUGCCUUCUGCAUUUUCCUUAUUUUUUGGAUUGUUAUAUGUGCUAAAUUUCCAGUACCCCAAGGAAUUGAAGUACACGUGUGAAAUAAUUCAGAAAGUCUUUCUUGGUCUUGGGGAUGACUGCUCUGCCAGAGCUCAAUCAUUCAAAAACAAACUGUUACGGUAGCUACUGGCUGAAUUUGUAAAAUUCAUUGCCUGGUGUGCAAUGGAGGACUUCGCAAUAGUGCUUGAAGAAUGUGUGGUAAUCCACAACAUUAAGAAUUUGCCUUCUGCGUUUUCCUUAUUUUUCGGAUUGUUAUGUGCUCAAUUCCUUGGGGUACUGGAAAUUAAAUUACACGUGUGAAAUAAUUCAAAGUCUUUCUUGGUCUUGGGGAUAACUGCUCUACCAGAGCUCAAUCAUUCAAAGACAAACUGUUACGGUAGCUACUGGCUGAAUUUGUAAAAUUCAUUGCCUGGUGUGUAGUUAAUUGCCUGGUUCACUGUGGAUUGUAUGUUUGAAGUUUUAUGUUUUAUACACUAUAUAUUUUUUCCUGUGCAGCCUGUUGCUGUGAACGUGUUUUUUCAUAUGGCAAUUUGUGAUGCUGAGAUUAAAUGGGACACCUCGGUCAUGUGACAGUGGCUGUUUUUGUAUCAGUAACCAAAGAUGUACCCUUUUAAAGGGACGGUGCACUUUUUUUUUACACUUAAAGCCC